AUGAAAAAAGUAAUAAUUCACAUAUCUGAUUCAAAGAAAAAAAAAAUGGGAUGGAAUGAAAACAAUAUUUCUUUUUGUUAUAAAAAUAAAAUCAUUAAUGUCUAUUGUGGAAGUGAUUUGACACAACCUUUUGAUAUCUUAUUACCAAAAAUAAUCAAUGAUCACGAUUGUCAACAAAUUUUAGAUUCAAUAAAAAAUAAUCCAAAUGCACUGGUUGUAGAUCCAAUUCAAAACCAAAAAAUAAUCCAAUCAAGAAAAUUAACUUAUGAAAGACUUAUUCAGUGUGGAAUUGCUUGCCCACAAUUUAUUAUUAUUCAGUCUUAUCAAGAAAUGAUGAGAUUUCUUAAUAAACAUCAAACUAUUCAUCUUCCAGUUAUUACAAAACCAAUCCCAUCACAAGGAAGUCAUGAGUCACAUGAAAUGACAAUUAUUAAUCAUCCAAAUGGAUUUAAUCAUAUUAACUAUCCAUGUGUUAUUCAAGAAUAUAUUAAUCAUAAUGGUCAAUUAACAAAAGUAUUCUGUAUAGGGAAGAAGAUUAUUUCAUCAACUAUUCAAGAAUCAAUGGGAAAUAUUGAUAGUAGUUGCAAAUUGGAAUAUUUCAAUUUCAAUAAUGAAGACCCUGAAUCAAAGAAAAAGUACUUUUUAACAUCAAGUCAAAUGAAACCUUUUACAACUAUAGAAUUACAAAACUUCUGUGACUUAUUGUCUAAAGCAUUUAAUAUAACUUUAUUUGGAUUUGACAUAAUUAGAGAGAAUGGAACAGGAAAGCCAUAUAUAAUAGAUGUUAAUCAUUUUCCUUCUUACAACAAAUCUUUUUCACUCCAAAGUUUUACAGAAGAAUUACUUAAUGAAUGUGGUCUUUAG